UAUUCAAUUGAGUGCGUUCAUCAGCUGUUAACGGAACGAAGCCAAAAUUUGAAGUCGGGUGUAGGCGAACCAGUGAGGGUCUGCGAAGUGUGUGGAAUUACUUCUGCCUCGGCAGUAGCUUGGCGGUGACUGGGUACCUGUUGCCAAGCAAUUACCGGUGAAUAUGGUCCACGCCGGUGAUCGUAGAUGGAAGAGGAUGCGUCGCGGAAGAGCUAACCGGCGAGUUCGUGGGUCGGGCCCCGAGUUCCUCGAUCUGGUGCGGUGGGCUAUCGGAAGGGAUUUCCAUGAAACUAGUAUUCCCGAGCCGCUAUGGAAGGACGAUUUCGAGGUUGAGGCGCUCGUAAAGUCAUGCUUUGGACAUAUGGAUGAUCCUAUUGACGCAAAUGAAUAUGCUGUGGCAAUAUUUUUCGAUGAUCCUGCUCCUCGCCACACACCGAUAGCGGCUUACGACCGUGAAGGGUGGAACGAAACCUUUAAUAGUUUAGAUCAUUUAAAAGUGAGUAUUCCGUACAAUGCUAACCACCUCCUCGUGGAGGGCUUGCCGGAGAUCGUAAGUCUAGAUGCAGAAAACGGCCCGCCGACGUUCGAGUUGCAUACGCGAAGAAUGAUAUAUCAGCCAAUUACAGUUCCGCUACUGAUUGCAUCGCAAGACUUAAGGAUGGAAGGGCGAUGGCAAUACGUUUUAACUUUACGACUCGUGCAGGACCCCGAUAGCGAACCCGUGUAUACUGUCGAUGGCGACCCGUAUACAUGGGAAGUAAUUGUCGAGCUGCGGACUCGAGAUUCUGCUAAUGCGGGGCAACGGCUGUCUUUCAUAUCAAGACUGUUAGACCGAGUGAGACGGAGAUGAUUAGAGAGAUGGAAUGGAACAGGAUUAGAGAGAUCGAAAAUGGAGAUGGAAUGGAACAAGAUUAGAGAGAUCGGAAAAAGAUUAGAGAGAUCGGAAAUGGAACGGAAUUAGAGAGACGGAAAUGGAACGGAAUUAGAGAGACCAUUGAGAUAGAGAGAUCGGAAAUGGAACGGAAUUAGAGAGACCAUUGAGAGAUCGGGAGACCAUUGAGAUAGAGAGAUCGGAAAUGGAACGGAAUUAGAGAGACCACUGAGAGAUCGGGAAAUGGAACGGAAUUAGAGAUCGGAAAUGGAACGGAAUUAGAGAGACCGGAAAUGGGGAAAUGGAGAUGGAGGAACGGGAUUGGUGGAGAUGGAAUGGAACGGGAUUAGAGAGAUGGAAUGGAACGGGAUUAGAGAGAUCGGAAAUAAUGGAACGGGAUUGGUGGAGAUGGAAUGGAACGGGAUUAGAGAGAUCGGAAAUGGUGGAGAUGGAAUGGAACGGGAUGGAAUGGAACGCGAUUAGAGAGAUCGGAAAUGGUGGAGAUGGAAUGGAACGGGAUGGAAUGGAACGGGAUUAGAGAGAUCGGAAAUGGUGGAGAUGGAAUGGAACGGGAUUAGAGAGAUCGGAAAUGGUGGAGAUGGAAUGGGAAAUGGUGGAGAUGGAAUGGAACGGGAUUAGACUCGGAAAUGGAACGGGAUCGGGAGAGAGAUGGAACGGGAGAGAUCGGAAACGGAACGGGAUCGGGAGAAUAAAAUACAUAGAACGGGAUCGGGAGGACCGGAAAUGGAACGGGAUCGGGAGA